AUUUCAACCAACAUCAAUACCCUCAAAAUGCCCUCCACAUACAAGAGGGACAAGCCGUGGGAUACGGAUGAUAUCGACAAGUGGAAGAUCGAUCCUUUCAAGCCAGAGGACAAUGCUUCUGGUAGUUUCGCCGAGGAAUCGUCAUUCGCUACUCUUUUCCCUAAAUACCGCGAAGUAUACCUGAAGGAAGCAUGGCCCGUAGUCACAAGAGCUCUAGAGAAAAAUGGAAUCGCCUGUACCCUGGAUUUGGUGGAGGGUAGCAUGACGGUGAAGACCACCCGAAAAACCUUUGAUCCCGCUGCGAUUCUCAAAGCUCGCGAUCUCAUCAAACUACUAUCGCGAAGUGUGCCCGUUCAACAGGCGCUGAAAAUCCUCGAAGACGAAGUCGCAUGUGACAUUAUCAAGAUCAGAAACCAAGUACGCAGCAAGGAACGCUUUGUCAAGCGCCGUCAACGUAUUCUUGGUCCUUCAGGUUCCACUCUCAAAGCGCUCGAGCUCUUGACUGGCACCUAUAUCCUCGUUCAGGGAAACACCGUCGCAGCCAUGGGCCCUUUCAAGGGCUUGAAGGAAGUCCGGAAAGUCAUUGACGAUUGCAUGGCCAACAUUCACCCCAUCUACCAUAUUAAAGAAUUGAUGAUCAAGCGGGAGCUGGCUAAGGACCCGACUCUGGCGAACGAAUCGUGGGACCGAUUCCUGCCUAACUUCAAAAAGCGCACCCUCUCCAAGCGUCGCGUCCCGUUCAAGGUCACCGACAAGUCCAAGAAGACGUAUACUCCUUUCCCUCCAGCGCCGGAGAAGAGCAAGGUGGAUUUACAGAUCGAGUCCGGAGAGUACUUCUUAUCCAAGGAGGCCAAGGAUCGUGCUCACAAGGAGGAUAUUAUGGAGAAGCAGCGUGUAAAGCGCGAGGAGAAGAUGAAGGAGCGAGAGAAGGCGUUUGUACCACCGGAGGAGCUAGAGGAAGCAGAGAAAGCCAAAAAGGAGAAGAAAGACAAAAAGAAGAAGCGCAAGAGGGACUCCGAAGUGGAGCCGGACGUCGAGAGUUCCGAAAAGAAAGAAAAGAAGAAGAAGAAGAAGAGCAAAUCCAAGGGCGAUGCAUCUUCGGACGGAGAGGCUUAACCCACGCCUUCUUCCGCUGGUGCUUCUGCUGCGUCUGCUUUUGUAUUUUCGUCUAUUGGUUUGUGUUUUCAGAGUCCCUCCCGUUCACUGUCAGAGACAAGGCGCGGAGGCAUAGCAUAGGCUGGAGUUUUUCUUCUUUGUAUCUCUUUUCAAAGUUCAAAAAGCUUGAAAGGGCCACUAAACUUGUGUUUGGUCAAAAAUGUGUAUCAAUUAUCUGAUUGGCAGAUUUGGCUGUCACACCGGAUGAAACAAGAUUU